GAUCUAAUGGUGUAAAACGGAGUUUGAUAAAUGAGAAGCUCGAGAUAGUAGCCGAAUCCAAGCAAAAACUCCAUGACAGUAAAUGACGUCAUAUCAGUCCCGCGCCCGUAUUUGUAGCUUUUCCCUCUUGAGUGGUCACGUGGUUUCUGUUGCCGUUCUCUGAUUUCUCUAAAUCGCUCAGGUUGUUUUGUGUUCCUCUGCAGACUGACCAUGGCAUCGCUUCUUUCCUUUGGAUCGCUGCUUUUCCUCUCAGGAGCAGUCCUGGGGUCCAAUAACUCCAUCCCUCUGGUCUUAUGGCAUGGAAUGGGGGAUAACUGCUGCAACCCUCUGAGCAUGGGCUCUAUAAAGAAAAUGGUGGAAACUGAAGUGCCUGGUAUAUACGUGCUGUCUCUCAUGAUUGGAAAGACUAUAGCGGAGGACACAGAAAGUGGAUUUUUCGUGGAUGUUAAUAAGCAAGUGAACAUGGCAUGUGAUAAAAUAGCACAGGAUCCUAAACUGAAGGGAGGAUACAAUGCAAUGGGCUUCUCUCAGGGUGCACAGUUUCUACGUGCCGUGGCACAGAGAUGCCCUGUCCCAAAAAUGAAGAAUCUGAUUUCAGUCGGUGGACAGCAUCAAGGGGUUUAUGGUUUGCCUCGAUGCCCUGGUGAAAGUUCUCAUAUUUGCGACUGGAUCAGGAAGGCUUUGGAUUCUGGGGCUUACACAGAUGUAGUGCAGAAACACCUGGUGCAGGCGCAGUACUGGCACGAUCCAAUCAACAGCGACUUGUACAAACAGCGUAGCCUGUUUCUUGCUGAUAUAAAUCAAGAGCGGGUGUUGAAUGAGACCUACAAGAAGAACCUCAUGAGUUUGGAGAAGUUUGUAAUGGUUAAGUUUCUAAAAGACAGCAUUGUGGACCCUGUGAUAUCAGAGUGGUUCGGCUUCUUCAAACCUGGUCAAGCUAAGGAGACUGAGACGUUGAAGGAAAGUGCGUUAUAUAAAGAGGAUCGCCUGGGACUGGCAGAGAUGGACAAAGCUGGAAAACUUGUCUUUCUUUCCAGUGAUGGAGAUCACUUACAGUUUGAUCAAGAGUGGUUCAACGCCAACUUACUCCCCUAUUUGCGGUAAUCCCCAAGUUGUCCUUUUAAUACCAGAUCAGUAACAAAAAGAGACAGAACCAGUAUGUCUCUCUCACAUGCCCCUAAUGCUGGACUGCUUAUAUCACAAAAUCUAAUGAAGCCUUCCGUACUAACAAUAAUUCAGAUACAUUUUAUUACGCUGACGUUUUCUUAGACUAAGUAGAAGUGAGUUAAAUCAGAUUAACCCGACCCUCAACAUGCAUUCAUAAUGCUUAACAAUAAAAAUAUCUAAAUCUAGGUCAUGCAUUUGAAGCCGAAGAAUCUAUAAGCUAAAGAAUACUGUACAUGUAUGUGUGAUGGUUAAAAAAUUACGGAAAAGCAUGUGGACUGCUCAUGAACCAGAUAUAAUGAAACUCAAAUUUAAAAUUCAAUCACAACAACUAAACAAAAAAAGUCGUUUAACCUGGACACUUGGAAACAGGAAGUAGAAAACCAGCCUGAAAUUAUAUGACCUCAGUUUCACCAACCAAGUGACUACUGAAUGUUUUUCUGCUUGAAUUUCUUAAACUUGAUGAUUUUGUUUUACUUACUAGUUUUAUUUUUAUUUGAUGUUUUAAGACCCAAACUGUAUAGCCGAGUUAAAUUUUGGUACAUUUAUUUUUCUUAAGUAAAUUCAUACUAUGCAUGUCUGGUUCCAGAUUUCAGUGUGAAUUAAUAUUUUAUAUCCGGGCAACUAAUAAAAAGUCACAAUUCUUUCAACCACAUAUUGGUUUAAUUAAUGCUCCCAAUUAAUUUUUGUCAAUUAAACCCUGAUUUGAUACCCAUCUCUUCAAGAUCUCUUCUUGUUUUUUUAAGUGUUAACUUUUGUGUUCAAUUGUUUAGUGUUUUUUGUUGUAAUGCUGUUUUUCAUUCUUAAACUUGGAAACGUACUUUAUAAAUAAAUUGUAUGAUGAUUUUGCCACUCUAAUGAAUUAAAAGAAAAUGGUGAUAACCAA